GCCUACGGUAGAGGGAGGGAGGAGAGAGAGAAAAUCAAAACAAUCAAAGAUGGCGGAUCAUGAAUGUGAAAACUCAUCCUCAGCGAGCACAUCUAGCUUGGGAGAGCAAAUCGAUGGUCCUAGCAAUGAGCCAAGCACAAAGAUUGUGAUUAGUAACGAACCGAGUUAUAAAGAAGAUGAUGUCAAAGAAGAUGACGCAGACUGUAAAGGGAUGUACACUGCUGGUACUCGUGGCUUCCCACCCUCGCGAUUUGCCUCGCGAGUGGCAUUCGGAGGUCCACACGCUUUGGGUGGCAACCCGUUUGCAGCCAAACCCACUUUCAACCGACCUUCAAUGGAUGAGGGGAGUCCAUCAUGGCCAGGAUUAACGCCAAGCAAAUUGGGAGGAUCGUUUGGCUCUCCAGCACCUUCCCCAUUGUCCUCAAAAUUUGCCCUUAAACCUUCAGCCUUUGGUUCACCAUCAAGUGCAAACAGUUCUCCAAUGGCUGCUGCUCCUAAAACUAGCUUUCCCUUAAAUCCAUCAAGGCUAGGAAAUACAUUUGAAAAUAAAGCGUCGCUUGAAACAUGCAAUAUGGACGAAGAAGAAGAAGAAGAGAAAAAGAAAGACGAGGCUUCAGAGGCAGUUGAAAAAGCAAAUACACCUGCCUCUGUAAAAUUUGUUCCUCUUGGCACACCAGGCGGUUCAACUUCUGUGUCCAAUGAAAGUUCAUCUGCCAACGUCAUUUCAACUCCAAGUAGUUUUGUCUUCGGCCAAAAUUUGAGAGAAAGAGUUGUGGAAUCCAAUACACCAGCAAGUAGAAGUGGGGAAAGUACUUUCCAAGAACCUUCUUCUCACGAGCAAAAUGGCACGUGUUGUGAAGAAGCCAAGGAGGCGGUGCCUGCUACUAAUGGAUUGUCAACUGGAGAAAUGCUUUUUUCCGCUGUACUAAAAAAGGACACUCCUGGAGAUGCAAGUAAUGAUUUAGAGGGAACACCUGCAAAAAGUUUAUCUGAAGCAGCCCGAGAGUACGAAGAAAGCCGAGCAGUGAAACGGAAGUUUGAUGAAGUUGAAGUUAAGACGGGAGAGGAGGAGGAAACCAAUGUUCUGCAGAUCUCAUGCAAAUUGCACACAUUUGAUAAAUCAAAAGGCAGUUGGGCAGAGAGAGGUCGUGGCCAACUUCGUCUUAAUGAUAAAGUAGAGAAUCACACAUUGUUGUCCCGCGUUAUUAUGCGCACUCAUGGCAGCCUCAGAGUUGUGCUGAACACUAAAGUUUGGCCUGAGAUGGUGGUUGAUCGUGCUAAUGUAAAGAGUGUUCGCUUCACAGCAAUGGACGAUGACCAAAUCAAAGUCUUCCUUGUCACAGCGACUCCAAAGGAUGCAGAAAACUUAUACACCGCCUUGGAGAGACGGGUCACUGCGCAACGCAUUAAGACCACUUCAACACCCACUCUAGAUGCUGAUGUGCCAUCACCUGAUGCAGCCAACUCCGAUGUGGAACAGACCAGGUCAUGCAUGGAUGCUAGUAAUCUGCCUGCAGAUGAAGAGCCUUCAGCCAAAAAGGGCAGAGGAAGUAUAGUGGAUGAGCAUUCGAAUGAAAAUUCUCGGGUUGACGCUUCUGACACCACUUAAAGAGUUAAGCAUUGUUCGGAUUUGGCUGCUGAACUGACAUGAGAUUGGAUGGUAGCAAUUGUGUUUUAUUGUGAAAAUUUCCCUUCUAUAUGACUUUUAAAAUGAAUGCAAUUCACAACUUUGCCAUUCCAGGAUUAUGACUAAUUGCGAAUGUUUGUGUUGGAUUAGUUUCAUCUUGAGUACAUGAGUACAAACUGACGAAAAUUCUUUGCAUAUAUUUUGUAUUUAAGUUAAAAAAAAUAAUUCUGUGCAUUACUAAUAGAAAAACCCCAAUUUAUAUUUUACUAUAGUCCACAUAAAUGAUGUUCCCUGUGGACAACUCAGAAAAAGCAAUUAUUCUCCUGUUUUAAACGCACUGUUACGAUGAUUGCAUUGAAUACAAAUCUGUUUUAAGUAUGAAUGA